GCCGUGCCCACGGACCCGGCACCGCCUGGCCCUGUGCACACGGAGGCGACCCGCCCUCCGCGCCCGGACGCGCAGAGGGUGUGCGUGGAAGUCAGGCGUGCGGCGGCGGAGAGUCCCAGGACCAGCUCAGAGCCUGAAACUCCGGGAGAGAAGGAAACACAUUUCCGCUUCACGGCAGGGAGCCACAAGGAAGCCUUUUAUUUUCUGGCCAUGUCUUCCGUAGGAACGGCUGAGCCAGAUGGGGACCAGAGGGACAGGCAUGUCAGCAAGCUCAUUUUCUUCCUCUUCCUCUUCGGUGCGGUCCUGCUGUGUGUGGGAGUCCUGCUCUCCAUCUUUGGCUACCAGGCAUGCCAACAUAAGGCUCUCUCACACUGCAACAUGGUGCUCAAGAUUGCUGGCCCAUCGUGCGCAGUGAUUGGGCUCGGGGCUGUGAUUCUGGCCCGCUCCCGGGCGCGCCUGCAUCUGCGGGAGGGGCAGCGGCGAGGCCUCCAGGACCCUGACCAAUCCUUCAUCUGUGGAGAGAGCCGCCAGUUUGCCCAGUGCCUCAUCUUUGGAUUCUUGUUCCUGACCAGUGGCAUGCUCAUCAGCAUCCUGGGCAUUUGGGUACCUGGAUGCGGCGCAGACUGGGAACGGGAGCCGCUGAAUGAGACGGACACGGGAGAAACAGAGCCCCAGAUCUGCGGCUUUCUGUCUCUGCAGAUCAUGGGGCCCUUGAUUGUGCUUGUGGGGUUGUGUUUCUUUGUGGUGGCCCACGUUAAGAAGAAAAACAACUUGAAUUCGAGCCGAGAUACCUCCGAAAUUGAAGGGGGACACGCCCACAGUAUGGAGCCGGUCCAUAUCACUGUAGGUGACUCCGUGAUAAUAUUCCCGCCCCCUCCACCGCCUUACUUUCCCGAGUCUUCCUCGGGCAGCCCCCCACCUCCUGGGGAGAACAGCUUGCACCCCCGGGCUGAAAACCCACCUUCCUACUGCAGUCUUUUUCACCACGGAAGGACCCCAACUCCUGAGAGCCAGGGCGCAGCCUCUGAGAGAGAACGGGAACUCAUAUACACCAUUUCUGGGCCGGGUUCACCCUCUGAGAGUUCAUACCCUGGGCAUCUUCCACUGGAUCUGCCUCCUAGAUAUGAAGAGAAAGAAACUGCCCCGGCCACGCCCACGGAUGCACCUUCUGAGCCGUCCCCACCAUGAAUUAUGGACUCCACUUUUAUAUAUUUCAUGGAUUGUUAUUUUUAUUUAAUUUUUUAAUAAAACAUACAAUAACCUUG